AUGGACGUUCUCAAGGCCCGCAUCAUGGAGGCAGCCCCUGGGGAGGUCCAGGGCGUCAUCUCCUCGGUUCAGUUCGUCCCCAGGGCCGCGGCGUUCACUUCCUUGAUACAGAUGCCCAACACCUUUAGCUAUAGCGCGCUCAUCAGCGCACUGGCGCGCGCGGGGCGCUGGCAGGAGGCGGAGCGGUACUUCCAGGAGCUGGCAGCCAAGGCGCAGCGCCACCCCGACAUGCAGCCCAACACCGUCACCUACGCAGCCCUCAUCUCUGCGUACGAGAAGGGCGGGCAGCUGGACCGGGCGCUGGCGGCGUUUGAGCGCCAGCUGGCGGCUGACGUGGCGCCAGACCUCAUCACCUACUCAUCCCUCAUCACCGCCUGCGAGCGCGCGGGCAGCCUGGGCCAGGCGUCUUGCCUGCUGGACCAGCUGCACGGCUCGGGGCUGGUGGGCAACCACCAGCUGUACCAUGGGCUGCUGUCGGCGUGCCAGGUGGCGGGGCGGUGGGAGCUGGCGGUGGAGGUGUUCCUGGGCAUGCAGUGCGCCACGAUGCGCCCCACGGCGCACACCGUCGGCCUGCUGCUGGGCACGCUGUGCGAGGCGGGGCAGGCGGGCCACGCGCUGUGCCUGCUGUGCGAGGCGCUGCGGGGCCGCUACGAGCUGGGGCCCUCCGCCUACCACGCCGUACUGCAGCUGCUGGCGGGGCUGGGGGACUGGCGCGCGGCGCUGGGGGUGUACCGGGCCAUGCAGCUGGUCAAGGCGGGGCCGGAUGCCAGCUCAGCAGGGCUCAUAGUCGCGGCCUGCAUGCACGGCGGCAACCAGGCGCUGGCAGCGCAGCUGGCGGGGGAGUUUGUGGCGCAGGGCCUGCUGCAGCCGGCGCCGCCGCCGGGCGGCCCCACCAACGGCAGCGCCGCCGAGGCGCCCGCCGACGGCCCCGCCGCGCCCGCCGCGCACGCAUCGCACCCGCAGCAGCAGCACCACCACCAGGCGCAGUACCGCCGCAGCGGCAGCAGCGGCAGCAGCGCCAGCACGGCGGCCGCCAGCGUGGGCGGCCUGGGCAGCACCUACUCAAUCGCCAGCCCCAGGAGCAGCGCCACAGCCAGCCCCAAGGCGUGA